AAUCGUCGCCCUUGCACACGAUCUUGUCUGAUUCUUGCUCCUCUUGCUGAAUAUACUCUACAGAAGCUAUGCCUGGUAGAGAUGACGACUGGCUUGUGGCAGAUAGCGAAGAUGAAGAGACGUUGGCUCUCCCUGAGCGCUCCGUGAAUGCGACGGUGGCGCAACAACCAGCCCCUUCGCCAUCUACCUCAAGACCCAAACCCUCUACCUCCGCAGUCACUGCCUCUGCCCACGCACCGCAUGGCGCCAACACCGAAGCGAUUACACACAUACGAGAACAUACCUCUGCUGCUGCCUCUACCAGUUCUCCCUCAUCCUCAUCGACCAAAGCCUCUAGGCCUCGUCCUAAGUCAGCCUACAAAGGCGCCACAGCCCAGCAGCAUAUCGACUCAAACGCUCCUACCAGCGAUAGCAUUCCCAUCGAAACCCCUCCACCAGAAGCCGCACCGGAACCCGUGGUGGUGAACGGCCAUCGAAGUGGGCCAUCCACCCUGUCUCAGGAGAUGGGUAUCGGACUGGCGGGAAUGGCUAUAGACUAUUCGCAAGGCGUCUUAGAGGGCAUGGGUCUGGGACAGGAGGCCAUAGACUACUCCCAAGGAGUCGCCGAGCGAGCGAAGACGCGUGCUCGCAAAGCAUCCAAGAAGGCAGCCGCCCCUUCGCCUCCUCAGGACCCGGACGUUAUCGAGCUCACAUCAUCGGAAGACGAGAUUGCUAUUGUUCCCAGGAAACGUUCUCUGUCCCCGCCACCCGUCCCCAAGGGGAAAUCCAAGCCAAAGCCACGCCCCGUCAAACGCGCCAAGGUUGCACACGCCGAGGUUGCACACACCGACCCUCAUGCUGCCGAUACAUCGACUGAAUCCGGACGCCUCACGAUCCCUGUACUCAGUUCCAGCCUUCACUUACCCCCAUCCGAUCCAAUUCCUCCAUCUUCACAGCCGCAUGCGACUUCGCCUUUGCGCGGGGAGAUUCGGUCAGACUCUCCUGUACCUGGGCGGAAGAAGAGCUCCUCUUCUCGACAGAAGAAGCGCAAGCGGGCCGCGGUGGAGUCCGACGACGAGGACGAUCUAUUUCCAGAGAAACCUCCUGUGUCGAUGGACGUUGACAUAUCCAGGGAUAUGCUGCCACCACCGGUGCCAGAGGGCGCAGCAUCCUCGUCUUCCGCCGCUUUCCCCGACUCCAACUUGACGUCAGAGGCGUCGACAGCUGACGGUAAGAAGGCCAAGGCUGCACCGAAGAGAGGUCGGAAGAAGGCGUCUGACGCUACAACUGAGGCGGGUAACGAGCCGGUGAAGGAGAAGGCAAAGCCUAAGCCUAGAAAGAAAGGGAAGAAGGCCGCCGUAGAGGUCCUUAUCGACUCGCCGGCGAAACCAGGCUCGAAGUCUCGAGCUAAGGCUGGCCCCUCAGUCGCUAUGGACAUCGACCGCGACCAGCCUCAACCCCCGCAGCCAGACGUUCAGGACGAUUCCAUGACUCUCGACCAUCUUCCGCCACCAAAGGGGACCGAGACUCUUCAUGACAGCCCAUCGCUGUCGCCUGUCCCUGAUAACUUUGACGAGGUGCCUGCCGCGAAGAGUAAGAAGGGUCGUGCUGCUGAGUCGCGUAAAGGGAAAGGCAAGGCGGUUGAUGUUGAUGACGACGAAGAGGAAUUCACGGUCACGCUCAAGAAGAAGAGCGGCCGAGGAAGGGCAAGAGCUGUUGUGUCAGACGCAGAGGAAGACGAAGUCAUCAGACCGUCAAAGAAGGCGGCCACGGCGACGAAGAAGGACAAGGGUAAGGGCAAGUCAAAGGAGAACCAGCCGGAUGAGGAGCGCGGUACAAAAUCCAGCAGUCAGCAGUCGAAGGAUGAAACACCUCUACGUGCAAUGGAGAAUGUUCCCCACAGCCCCUCUCCAGUCGUCGUCGAAGACGAACCUGUCCAAGCGCCUUCGUCUCCCGCCACCGACAAACCGACUAAACCAACUACUCCGUCCACACCUGUGCCAGCCCAGCCCUCAUCGUCCGCCGCAUCUCAUGCCUCCAUGUCUCGCCGCUACACCAUCGGCCGUCAAUCAAAGUCAACCCCGAUGUCAGAAAUCAUCCGACGAGCCUCGUCCCAGCCCUCAUCUCCUUUUGCAAAGGCUAAGCCGUAUCACUCUCCCCUCGCAAAGACCUCGAAGUCGGCCCUCAAGAAUAUCGUGCCGCUGCAUUCGACGAGACCGAACCCCCCGCCACCGCCACCCCGGUUGCCGCCACCGAAGAAGUCGAAGAAAGAGUUGCAGAGGGAAGAGGCUUGGGAGUUGGAACUUGCAGAUGAGGUCAAAGGAUGGGAGGACUUGAGCGAGGCUCAGAGGAAGGUGCAUAUGCGGAGGAAGAGGGAGGCGUGGCUGGCUGCAGACGAGUGAAGAACCGACCGGAAAUUGAACGUCGAGCUUUGGAAGGAUUUGCGAUGGGAUUCGUGGGUACGAUAUUUGUAAGAGUUUGUGGAUGCAUGUACAGCCUUCUUGGCUCUCUUUUGGUCAGUGGAACUCGUUGUGUAUCGAAAUGUACUUCGGCCGGAAGGUCAUGCUACAUACAAAUGUAUUUAUUGGGUUGGAGGUGCCGAGGGCAAU